UAUUCAUCAACCCCAUUCCUUACAGCUCAUCAUUCAUUAUGACAUAGAUGAGCUGUCUAGUUUGACAUGAGCUCUUUUUUUCGUUGCAAAAUUUCAGCUUUAGAUUGAAGAAGGUUCAAUGAAAUGAUCAGAGAGGAUAAAGAGUGCGAUGGGGCCAGUAGGACAAAUUGUUAAAAUUCUUUUUUAUGUGUUUCUCUCGACGGAAUUGAUUAUAUCACUAGCUAUAUAUGCCAUGUCUACUAUACUUUUAUGCUCAAGAUUGUACUUACCAGAAGAUGUUUUGUUACAUGGUACGAUUGCUCUUUUCCUUGCAAUCAUUUCUUUAAGCAAUAUUCAUAGAGGGUUUCAAGCUGUAGCACAUGAUUGUUCCUACCAUUUAUAUUGGUUCGCUGUUUAUCUGGUAGUGAUACUAAUUAUACAGUUCUUGUUUGAGAUGUUUGGUGUUCGAGAAACAAGACCUCUAUGGUAUAAUACGCAAUCAUUACCAAUUGAUGGUUUGCCAAGUGGUAAGCUCGACUUAGAAGGUAAUGUUGAGAACUUCAUAGUCGAAGAUACAGACAAAAUGGCAUAUAGAGUGCCUACCCAUGACGAAAUAGAAGCGCGAAAGCACAAAUUAUACGGAAAAAAUCAUGAAAUUCAUGUACCCAAUAAGAAACACAAAUCGAAGUGGAAUAAUGUGAAUAUAAAUUCAGAAGAAGAUAAGGAAAUUGAUCUCCCCAUGUAUCCGUCAAGAAAGAAACAUUUUUAUAGACGGAGACACGGAAGCCGAUCCCAUUACGAUAUUCCAGGAAAUGAAUUCGACAUUGACGAAGAAUCUCUGAACAGAGUGAUACGUUUGAAGAAUCCACGGACGCCGGAGGGCAACUAUACUGAGGAAAAGUUAACGAAUACCCCACUGGUUCUGAUCUUCCAUGGUUAUAGCUUUAUUCUUAAGAUGGUGUGCAUAGUGUUCGCAGUCCUCACCGGAUUCCUGUAUCAGUUAGAAUAUAUUUGAUUAAACUGCUGUCAUUAAAAAUUAUAUACAUUUUCGUGAUUGCGAUAAUAAAAUAUAAUACUUCA